UCUUUGCAGGCGCUAGAAACAUCGCAGAGGAUUUUCUUGAGGUUCAACGCAUUUCCCGAGCACCGAUUCCAAGGAAAUUUCGAGGAAAGCUGCACCGCAGAACUGUACAAAAUGUGGCAUGAACUGUUCAGCGGAUAUGAGGGAGAUAACACAUAUCCACUCCACCAUAUUCACGCUUUUCCUCCUGCUGUUUCAUCUGACGGAGUAUGGGGAUGCAGGAGGAAGCAUCCAGGGAGUAGAAAUUCUAAUGCCCCCAUCACAUGUUGCUCUCAGUGGUGAUCUUCACGUCCAGAUAGCAUCGUCAUCUUUUCCUCCUCUUCUGAUGCAACUCUCGCGACUAGAAGGAGAUUCGGCUCAACCCCUAACUACCUUCCCAGUGUAUCCAGUGGCGAGGGCCCUGAAAAUGAACUCGACGGUGGUGAAGAUUCCAUGUGGCUACUUCUCUAGAGGAGGGCAAUACUACGUACUGGUGAAGAAACAACCAAUAGGUCUGAAGAACAUGACUACUCCUGCCGAUCAAGACUCCUCUGUCAUCACCCGCUCGCUGGACGUCCGGUGGCCGAUGCCUCAACUGUCCCUCACUCCCGAGAACCUCCAAACCUACCCGGAGCGGCCCGUCAACGCCAUCUUGGAAUUCCCCGAGGUGAUGUGUCCGCCGAAAGCGGAUACUCCGGCCAGCGCCAUUCCCGAGUUCUGGCUGGAACUCUACUAUUGCGGACAGUCGCUGCUUACCUGUGAUAAUAGUGAAACUGGAAUGAAUAGAAGCGCUCAGGUGCUGUACUCCGAACAGGUCCGCGGUUUUCCUGGCAAACGCGUCCUCACUUUGCGAUGCGAGCUGUUCGGACUUGCUGGCCAUUACGCCCUUUUUUUGCGGCCUACUGCGACGGGGAUACCGCUAGUGGCCUUGCCUCACACCGCCGCCUAUGUCAAGGUGAGCAAUACAAAAUCUACAUCAAAACACAGAUGA